CAGCAAGUGAAAAGUCCAGUCUGGUCGUGGAGAGCCACCUGUUGUCACAUUUGAACAACAACCUUUCGGUUGUAACCUCCACCGUGAUCCCCGUAUAAGCAGAUAUCAUGUCUAAAGGAACAGUUGUGCUGGCGUACAGCGGAGGGCUGGACACUUCCUGCAUCCUGGUGUGGCUCAAGGAACAGGGCUACGACGUCAUCACCUACCUGGCCAACAUCGGACAGGACGAGGACUUUGAAGCGGCUCGAAAAAAAGCAGAAAGCCUCGGAGCCAAGAAGGUGUUCAUUGAGGACCUAAGGGCGGAGUUUGUGGAGGAGUUCAUCUGGCCCGCGGUCCAGGCAAACGCCAUCUACGAGGACCGCUACCUGCUGGGCACCUCCAUCGCCCGGCCCUGCAUCGCCCGGCGCCAGGUCCACAUCGCCCUGCAGGAAGGGGCUCAGUUCGUCUCCCACGGUGCCACCGGGAAGGGCAACGAUCAGAUUCGAUUUGAACUCGCCUGCUACGCUCUCUACCCGGCAGUGCAGAUCAUCGCUCCCUGGCGGAUUCCUGAGUUCUACAACCGCUUCAAGGGCAGGAAGGACCUUAUGGAGUACGCCCAGAAACACGGCAUCCCUGUCCCUGUGACCCCCAAAGCCCCCUGGAGCAUGGACGCCAACCUGAUGCACAUCAGCUAUGAGUCUGGAAUUCUGGAAAACCCCAAGAACCACGCUCCCUCUGACCUCUAUCUCAUGACCAAGAACCCCGAGGCCUCUCCCACCAGCCCGGAUGUGCUGGAGAUCGAGUUCAGCAGAGGUGUGCCGGUCAAGGUGACCCACCUGAAGGAGGGAAAGGUCCUUACCACGCCCCUGCAGAUCUUCUCCUACCUGAACGAGAUCGGGGGUAAGCAUGGGGUUGGCAGGAUCGACAUCGUGGAGAACCGCUUCAUUGGGAUGAAGUCCAGAGGUAUUUACGAAACUCCAGGGGGCACUAUCCUGUACCACGCCCACCUGGACAUAGAGGCGUUCACCAUGGACCGGGAGGUCAGGAAAGUCAAGCAGGGACUGGGGGUCAAGUUCUCUGAGCUCAUUUAUAACGGGUUCUGGUACAGCCCCGAGUGCGAGUUUGUCCGCCACUGCAUCGAUAAGUCCCAGGAGAGCGUGGAGGGGAAGGUGCAGCUGUCCGUCUUCAAGGGCCAGGUGUACAUCCUGGGGCGCGAGUCGCCCCGGUCCCUCUACAACGAGGAGCUCGUCAGCAUGGACGUGCAGGGAGACUACGACCCCUGUGACGCUUCAGGAUUCAUCAAGAUCAACGCUGUCAGGCUGAAGGAGUACCACCGCCUCCAGGGCAAGGCUCGGGCCAAACCGUGAGGGCACCUGGGAAACGCGGUCCUGGGCCUGCACCCCACCGCCUGUUCAUUAACUCUGUGGCUUUUACUCUGUGCCUCUGUCGUCC